GUUUCGGUUUCACUUUCAGGAUAUGCUCGAGCGAAGAACGAUACUCCGUCUCGCAGAAAGUCCCAUGUCUAAUCGCUUUUCUGCUGCAGAUUUGGCGGAGUUGGCUCACAGGGAGUAUCAGGCCGGCGAGUAUGAGCGAGCGGAACAACACUGCAUGCAGCUUUGGCACCUUGACCCGGAAAAUACGUCCACCUUGCUGCUUCUCAGCUCGAUUCACUUUCAGUGCAGAAGGAUGGAUCGUUCUGCGUAUUUUAGCCAGUUAGCUAUCAAGCACAAUCCGUUAAUGGCGGAGGCCUAUUCCAAUCUCGGUAACGUCUUCAAAGAGCGUGGACAACUAAAGGAGGCUAUCGAUAAUUACAAGCAUGCACUCAGUAUCAAACCGGACUUCAUAGAUGGUUACAUCAAUCUAGCUGCGGCGCUUGUUGCAGCUGGGGACAUGGAAUCCGCGGUUAACGCCUAUGCGACAGCCCUGCAAUACAACCCGGAUUUGUAUUGUGUUCGAAGUGAUUUGGGCAACUUGCUGAAGGCUUUGGGACGCUUGGAUGAAGCAAAAUCAUGUUACCUGAAGGCAAUCGAAACAUGUCCGACAUUCGCUGUGGCUUGGAGCAAUCUUGGUUGCGUUUUUAACGCACAGAAUGAAAUAUGGUUAGCAAUCCAUCACUUUGAAAAGGCGGUAACACUUGAUCCAACGUUUUUCGAUGCUUAUGUCAACCUAGGCAACGUACUGAAAGAGGCACGUAUUUUUGAUAGGGCUGUCGCGGCCUACUUAAGAGCCCUUGCCCUAUCUCCAACCAAUGCCGUCGUCCACGGAAAUCUUGCGUGCGUUUACUAUGAACAGAAUUUGAUCGACUUGGCUAUUGAUACAUACAAGCGAGCAAUCGAACUGCAGCCAAACUUCCCUGAUGCCUACUGUAAUCUAGCUAACGCGCUGAAGGAAAAAGGAAAGGUUACUGAAGCUGAAGAGCAUUACAACACCGCGCUCAGACUUUGCCCUACUCAUGCGGAUUCGUUGAACAAUUUGGCCAAUAUUAAACGUGAGCAAGGAAAGGCAGAAGAAGCCAUCCGACUGUAUGUUCGCGCACUGGAAAUAUACCCAGAGUUCGCCGUUGCUCAUUCGAAUCUGGCUAGCAUGCUGCAGUUGCAGGGUAAAUUACAAGAAGCUCUGUUGCACUAUAGGGAAGCGAUACGUAUUUCACCGACGUUUGCGGACGCGUAUUCGAACAUGGGUAAUACGCUAAAGGAGCUUCAAGAUGUCCAGGGUGCUAUGCAGUGCUACCAAAGAGCAAUACAAAUAAACCCGGCUUUUGCAGACGCUCAUUCCAAUCUAGCUAGUAUAUUGAAGGAUAGCGGCAAUCUUGCAGAGGCAAUAGCUUCUUACAAAACCGCUUUAAAGCUGAAGCCUAACUUCCCUGAUGCUUUCUGUAAUCUUGCUCACUGUCUGCAAAUUGUGUGCGAUUGGUCGGAUUAUCGGCACAGAAUGAAGAAACUUGUUUUGAUGGUACAGGAUCAGCUUGAGUCGAAUCGGUUACCUUCCGUACAUCCUCACCAUUCGAUGCUGUAUCCACUUACACAUGAACAGCGGCGUAGAAUCGCUGGGAAGCAUGCAUCUCUUUGUUUGGAAAAGAUUGCUCUUCUUCAUCAUCCACCUUUCCGGUUUCCCAAAAAGCUGCAGCCAGGUCAGCGCCUUAAGAUCGGUUAUGUUAGUUCUGAUUUUUGUAACCAUCCAACAAGUCAUUUGAUGCAAAGCAUUCCGGGCAUGCACGAUUGCACGAAGGUUGAAAUAUUCUGUUACUCACUAUCUGCCGAUGAUGGAACCAAUUUUCGAGCAAAAGUUGCCAGCGAGGCUGAGCACUUCAUUGAUCUUAGUGGCAUUCAGUGUCAUGGUAGGGCGGCGGAUAGGAUCGCAAAUGAUGGGAUCCACAUAUUAUUAAACAUGAACGGCUACACGAAGGGAGCCAGAAAUGAGAUCUUUGCGUUGAAGCCGGCUCCGAUCCAAGCUAUGUGGUUAGGAUAUCCUGGGACCAGCGGGUCUACAUUCAUGGACUAUAUCAUCACGGAUUCCGUCACAUCUCCCAUGCGUCUGAGCUGCCAAUACUCGGAAAAACUUGCAUACAUGCCCAAGACGUUUUUCAUCGGAGAUCACUAUCAGAUGUUUCCUCACUUGCGGAAUCGCGUGGUACUAGAAAGCGCAGAGGAAUCUAAUAGCGCACGUGGUGUUACGGAUAACUCUAUAGUCGUGAGUGGUUUAGACCUUCAGCCUCUGCUCCAGGUUGCUUGCACUCGCGAGAUAGUCUAUGGUGGUCGGAUGAUCGAAACACACGGCACGCAAAAGAAGGAAGUUUCGCACUUUAUUAAGCUCGUUGUUCUAACUCUGCCAUCUCUGCAACCAAUUCACAACAUGAUUCGGACCAACAGUCCUUCCUGCUCCAUCGGAGGUGUUACCGUGCACAAUGGAUUGGUCACCCAGCAAACCCAAUCUAAAGCCUCCGCGGGUGAGGAGGUCCCUCGGGAACUGAUUUUAACUUCGAGGCAGCACUAUGGUUUGCCUGAUGACGCAGUUGUGUACUGCAAUUUCAACCAGUUAUACAAAGUUGACCCAUCUACCAUGCGGAUGUGGGUGGAAAUUCUGAAAAAUGUUCCAGGUUCGGUUUUGUGGCUUCUUCGCUUCCCCGCUGCUGGCGAAGCUGGAGUACUUGCCGCUGCUACAGAAAUGGGUCUUCAACAUGUUCAAAGGAGAAUCAUCUUCAGCAACGUCGCUCCAAAAGAGGAGCAUGUCCGACGGGGUCAAGUUGCCGAUGUGUGUCUGGACACUCCAUUGUGUAAUGGUCACACUACUGGGAUGGAUGUGCUGUGGGCCGGCUGUCCAGUUGUCACUUUGCCUUUGGAGUCACUCGCAAGUCGCGUCGCUGCCAGCCAGCUUAACACUCUUGGCUGUCCCGAAUUGAUUGCCUCCAGCCAGGAAGACUACAUCCGAAUAGCCACCAAGCUCGGUGUCAACAAAGAAUACAUUCAAGCAGUACGCGCGAAGGUAAGGUGUGUAUUACUCACUUUCUCUGCUCAUUCAGGUGUGGAAAGCAAGAGAAUCCUCUCCGCUGUUCAAUUGUCGAAGUUACACCGCGGAUCUAGAAGCAUUGUACUCUCGCAUGUGGCAGCAGUAUGAAUCAGGCACUAUCGACCACAUUACCGAUUGGCCAGAUAAAAGUGUCAAAGUUGUCUCUUAAGCGUGCAGUAACCAUUUUUAACUCCUGUAAAUACAAUUAAUCUACAACCUGCACCAUUACCCAUUUUCUCAGCUUGUAGCACUCAACUCUAAGUGUCUCACAAAGCGAACCGGCAUGUUUGUUUUUAGUGACAUUGUACGCAAUACUCUACCAGGACCCACCGCCAGUUUACGAGUGUGUAUCCAACACCAGCAGUUGGUUAGUUGUGCCAUUUGUAGCAGUCAGGUAAUUCUCAUUUGUAUAUGCGAUUAGUUUGUUUGCGGUCGCGCUCGCUAUGAUAAUGAUCGCGACAUUAUGGUGGAUGGUAGGAUCGCUUCACUCCUUCCAUACGAGCAAGACACUUGCGAAAAGUUAUUCUUGAGAAAGUACUGACUCAAGCUAUCGAAACAUCCCCUCCGCAUUUCGUUGUCAGGUCAAGGUGCAGUGGAUUGUACCUAGGGGUCAAAUGGCCAUGUGGAGCGCACUAAACGGGCGCGGACUGGUCACUUUUAUACGAAGUGUCCGUAAAUCCAAACGUUAAGUAUUGUGGGUAGGAUCAAAUGACCCCUUUACACAUUUUAGCGGGUGCCGGGAUAACGUUUCCAGAAAACAUGUUAGGUUGCAGGGGAGUAUUUAUUUUGUACUGUAAAGGGUUAUCUGUUUACCUAGCUAUGAAUAGAUGGCACCCUUGACGCUGCUAGCUUGGGGAACGAAAAGGUGAGACACAAGGCGAUCGCGCGUUGCAGCCGAAACUGGCGGACAGUAAAUGCGAUGCUCGGCUCAAGCAAUGGAACUCAACAUGCAGUUCGACGAUCUGCACCAGUCGCCUAAGUUUGCAGUGAAACAGUAUUUUUGAUUAGGAUUUUUCAGACAGGUGAGAAUCGCCGGACUUCAUUAUCCACUUGAUGUAUGCGGAGUUUGGCGGGCGCGACUCCAAGUUG